AUGGCCUCCGCGGGCUCUUCGCGCGGUGGCUCCAACGUCACCGCGCUGGCGUCGAAACUAUAUGAGGAGUGCCGUAAUAACUUCUCGCCGGACCAUCUCUUCUACCAGCAGGACCUGAUCGGCUUGGGGAUCAUACCGAAUAAUGACUUGGCUCUGCUGCUCCAGUGCACUCAAUCUCUGGUUGACCAGAAACUGUUCCGUCUGUUGCAUGGAAAGGAUGAUCGUCUGGCAUGGAAGGUGAUCUCGCAGGAAGAUGCUGAGAAACUCCAGAACCUGAGUCCCGAUGAGUCCCUGGUCUACAAUGUCAUCCAUUCCACUGGCCGAACAGGCAUCUGGGUCCGUGCUAUUGGAAACCGUACGAAUCUGCACAAGAUGAUCCUGGACAAGUGCCUCAAGUCCCUCGAGAACAAGAACUACAUCAAAGCCGUUCGCAAUGUCAAAUUCCCCAACCGCAAGAUGUACAUGCUAGCGGGUCUUACGCCCAGCGAGGAUGUCACAGGAGGAGCAUGGUUCACGGAUGGAGUACUGGAUGCGAAUUUCAUCAAUGCCCUGGCCGGUUUCGUCGAGCUCUAUAUAAGCCGCAGAAGCUGGUACGAAGUUCCCUCCGAACAGCGCAACAAGAGACAAAAGACAAGCACGGGCGAAGCCAUCACCAAGAAAGAGCCUACGGAGAAGGAAUACUUGCCCUACCCGGCCGGGUACCAGGGAUACCCGACCGUCACCCAGAUCACCGCCGAAGUGAACAAGACCGGCGUCACCCCCGUGAUGAUGGGCGAAGAAAGCAUCUCGCAGUUACUUCAGAUGCUCUGCUACGACAACAAGCUCAUCGCGAUGAACAACGACCAGGUCUAUAAAGCCGUUCGGAAACCGAAUGCCAUCAAGAGCGGCGCUGCAGCUGAGACGGCCGAGAAGGAGGGCCAACUAGGCAAGAAUGGCAUGACGGAAUCGCCAUGCGGACAAUGUCCGGUAUUCAAGCUCUGCAUCCCCGGCGGCGCAGUCAGUCCUGAAACCUGCGAGUACUUCGAUCCAUGGCUGGAAAAAGCCUUCGGGUUCUAA